AUGGCGAAAUCUUUCACCUUAUUAGCGCUACUUAGCGCACUGGUUGUCCUCUCACUUCUUGUGAGCCCCAUUGCUUGUUCCCGCAAGCUCCCCAGGCCUGCAACCAAGGCCCACAAGAACCACACCGCUGCUACCCCUUCGUCGUCUGCCGCUUAUGGCUCCGGCGGCUGGUUAGCCGGCGGCGCGACGUAUUACGGCGCCCCCAACGGCGACGGAAGCGACGGUGGCGCGUGUGGCUACCAGAGCGCUGUCGGCAACCGGCCGUUCUCGUCGAUGAUCGCCGCCGGCAACCCGUCGCUCUACAGAGAUGGCAAGGGCUGCGGAGCGUGCUACGAGGUUAAAUGCACAGGCAACCAGGCAUGCUCCGGCCAGCCGGCGACCGUCGUCAUCACCGACGAGUGCCCCGCCGGGGCCGCUUGCCUCGGUGAGGCCGCCCACUUCGACAUGAGCGGCACCUCCAUGGGCGCCAUGGCGAAGCCUGGCAUGGCCGACAAACUCCGGGCCGGCGGUAUCAUCAAGAUCCAGUACAAGAGGGUGCCAUGCAAGUACCCUGGCAUGAACAUUGCCUUCAAGGUGGACCAGGGCUCCAACCCCUACUACCUGGAGGUCCUGAUCGAAUUCGAGGACGACGACGGCGACCUCAACGCCGUGGACCUCAUGGAGGCCAACUGCGGCACCUGGACGCCCAUGGCGCAGAACUGGGGCGCGCUGUACCGCCUCAACUCCAACACCGGCAAGCCGCUGCGCGGGCCCUUCUCGCUCCGGCUCACCUCCGACUCCGGCAGGAAGCUCGUCGUCAACAACGUCAUCCCCGCCAGCUGGAAGGCCGGAGCCACCUACCGCUCCUUGGUUAACUACCCCUAA